CCACUGAGCUACCGGGCGUGUGUGUGUGUGUGUGUGUGUGUGUGUGUAAAGGUGAAUGAUGAAUGUACAUACUUCGGUAUACGUAAUAGUAUAUAAGUAAGUGAAAUAUAAGAGAUAUUUGAAAAAAAAACAAUAAAAAACACUCAAAUAUCAAAGCAAAGGGAGAAAACACGAUAAAAGACAAAAAAAAAAAAAUAAAAUAAAGUAAAACGAAGCAAAAAAUCUGACAAAAAUAGUGAAACAUAAAAUAAAAACUAUAUACAAAAACAGAGAAAAGAAAAAAAAAACCGAGUCACAGGAACAGCCGCGGACACGGAAAUAAAACUAAAUCAAGGACACUAAAAGGACUGAGAGAGUGAGUGCAGAAAAAAAAGAGUGGAAAGAAAAAAAUGCUCGUAGAGUUGUGUCUCAAAUAAGGCAAUAGAGAGACAGUGAGGACAAAGAAGAGGAGAGACGAGGAGGCAGUGAUGGGGCGGCCAGGAGGAGGACAAGGAGGACGAGGAGGACGAGGAGGAGGAGGAUGAGGAGGUUCACGGUGGCCAGGCAAGAGUAACGCCUCGGAAUAAAGAAUCUGAACGCUGAGCAAGACUUCCAACCACACCGCCAUAAAAGAGGACAACGUGAGGGAAAAAAAAGAGGAAAAAGAAAGGAAAAAAAGACAGAUCAGGGAGACAUUAUGAGGGUGAACAGCCAUCACUAUAGCCACACCCACCGCCACCACCACAACUCGGGCGUGGAGGGCGGGUCGUGCCGCAGGCGUGGGGGCUGCGGGCCUGUUUGGUGCUCGCGAGAGACAUGGCAAGCCGCUGUGCAGCUGGUCCUGCUGUGUCUGGCCUCCUGCUCCUGGACACUGUUGCUUAUUUCUCUCACCCUCACCUCCCCUAUUUCCGCCCACAGGCACGUGGUGGAGGCAGUGGUGGACACUGGGCCUCCGUGGAAGGGCGGCAGCGCCGAGGCCUGCGAGGAGUGCCUCACCCGACACGGACCACCAGGAACUUAUUGGCGUGUGUUCCAAGGACCGCUACAGCAGGUAGUGACUGCUCUGAACCAUCUGGACCAGCCCCUGGCUCCCCCUGCUCUGCGCGCUCAGUUGCUGGGGACCAGGACGCUACUGCGGCACCUGGCCACCGUCCUGCACCUACCACUCUUCGACAACACCGAAGAUGAUACAGAGACAAAGAGGAGCGAGGCUGCGGUGUGGGCGGCGCCGGGGGAGCCUCACGGGCGGCUGGCAUGCCAGGAGAGGUUUCUCGGUUCCAAGGUUGGUUAUCCACGAUACGUGCAGGGCUUCACGCGCGUGGCCUGCACUGCUCUGCCCCUGAAGCAAGUGGUGACGGCAGUGCUAUGGGACGUGGAGCCUAAGUACCUUAAGAACCUUCUGUCGAACUUUGAGCGCAUAUACCCAGAGCUACCGCUGUUGCUGCUAAGUGACUCAGACCUGCGCGGCAAGGACAACUUAGUGGUCGAACCUCCUACGCCCUCGGUGCCGCAAGCGCUCGCUAAAGCCAUCGCUCGUGUAAAGACACCUUAUGUGUUACUUGCUUCCAAUUUAACUCAACUUAGUCACCACUCCCGGCUAGAGAGGCUGGUGUGGGUGGCGGAAUGGGCGGGCGUGUGGGCAGUGGGUGGCUCCGUCAGAGGGGCAGACGGUCGGUGGAGAGCGGGGUGCCUGCAAGUGAGAGAGGACCACGGUCAGCUCGUGUACGCCCGUGGGUACGACACCUCAUUGCAUGAGUGCCAGCUGUGCCAUGCCCUGGAUGGCCCUGUCGUCAUGCGGACGGCGGCGCUGGCUUCUCUCAGCUGGCCCGAAAACGCCACCGCCAGACAACUUCUCUUCCCGGAGUUGUUCCUGGAGAUCCACGCCAAGGCCGCUCCUCACCAGCACGGAGCCGCGGUAUGUCCUGACGCCAUGUUCCUGCAAGCAGCUCUGGAGGCUCCCUGGCAAGUGGCGGCUGAUCCACGCCUGCAAAGACGGGAGCUACAGCGGGUGGCGGCGCUGUGGAGACCCUUGGCUCAGAAGCGACACCUCGUCCGCCUUCACCUGCCUUCGGGAAUCAUCAUCAAUUACCCUUGUGAUUUCCGCCCCGCCGUCCACUCUGACCAAACUUUAGGCUCCCCAUGGACUCUCACGGACGCCGCUUCGCUGCCUCUCUGGACGUGCGAGCGCCAGGAGAUCGCAGCAAUACUCUCUCAACUACUGCAGACGUGUGACACUCUCCAGAUCAAGUGUUUCUUACCGCAGGCAUCCCUGCCAGACGCUGACGGCGAUUCUAGCUUACCAGGGAGUGAAGAGGGAGAGGACGGAGAGCUGCAGGUGAGGGCAGCUGUGGCCUUCUUGCCCCCGCGCCUGUCGUUCCUCGCUAACUUUUCACAUUACACAACCUCCAACGAGGGCGAGUCACUGAAGGUGGCGGGGCGAUGGUGGCGCGUCAUCCUCACGCCCACGCCCGUGCCCUACUCCACCCGUUGGGUCAGGAGGGAGGUGGUGGACGGGGUGUGGGUAUGGACAAUUCAGCCAGACAUUGAGAAAAGUCAUACUGGGACUGACGGACCUCUACCCAACCUCCGCGCCGCAGACACAACGUGGGAGGAGGACGUGCAGGUGUUGAUGAGGCCGAGGUGUGCUGCGGGUCGCACCUCCCAACCUGUCAUCACCUCGCCGUAACAAAGGACUCAGGAAGGUCACACAGCAUCAGAGCCCCGUCACAGCCCGUCACAGUCAGCCUCAUACUCACACUCGCUCGCCCACAUCAGCCGUCUGCCUCUUGAGAAUAAGGUCCCUUUUAGGUUAAGGUGUCUCGGAUAUUCAUGAAUGCAUACGUACAUACAUACAUGCAUACUCAAAGUCAUGUUAAAUAGGGUUAUCAUUCUAUUCAUCGUAAGUAUCCAUAAAUUUGAUUUUUAAACCUCCAUAUUAGCCUAAAACCAAAAAGAAAUAGUCACUAAGUAUAUUCCAUUCAUCUAUCUCUGAGAACUAAUUUCUUAAUCAGUCUCUAUUAGUCAAACCAAUACUCUUCCAAAAAGUUAAAAACAUUACCUUUUAAAAAAACAUCACUCACAUUCUCAGAAUUUCCUGUCUUCACUACAUUCACUUGUCUCUUCUGCCUUAUCACUUUAGCAUGUCAAUCUACACGCAAAAUAAGAGCAUAACCCUUUUGAAAAACAUCAGUUCUUUUCUUCGCUCACUCCUUCCUCACUUGAUUCACAUUCAUUUGUCUCUCCUACCUCAUCAACUAAGCAUGUCAAUCAGUCCACCCGUAUCAAUCAAUCUCUAUCAGUCAAACCAUUACUAGUUGAAGAUUUGAAACACGUCUUUAAAUGAAAGAAAAAUCUCUUUCUCGUAUAUUUUUUGUUCACUACACUUGGUUUACUUCAGGAUCUCAGCAUGUCAGUCAGUCAAUCAGUCAGUCAGUCAGUCGCCCUGUUAGUUCUUCACCAUCCAUACAAGUUUAGCUAUAAAAUUGUUCAUAUCAGCCAUACAAACAGUAAAGCCUUAUCCUGCAGCUUUAUUCUCUCUCUCUCUCUCUCUCUCUCUCUCUCUCUCUCUCUCUCUCUCUCUCUCUCUCUCUCUCUCUCUCUCUCUCUCUCUCUCUCUCUCUCUCUCUCUCUCUCUCUCUCUCUCUCUCUCUCUCUCUCUCUCUCUUAAUCGGUAGCCAGGGCAAUUAGGGUUAAUAUAAGGAACAAACAAAUACUCUCUCCUUAGUCCUUCACACACACACACACACACACACACACACACACACACACACACACACACACACACACACACACACACACACACACACACACACACACACACACACACACACACAC